CAAAUGCCUGGGAAAAAAGAAAUAGAAACUAUAAGGAAAGAAAGGGCUGCAGAAGUCAUUCAGAGGGCCUGGAAAAAGUUUCUUAAUGUUGCUGUAUUUCAACACUUUAAAAGUCUGAUUAAUUUAAGAAGACAAGGAGAACCGCAUCAGAUAGUAAAAUAUAUUAAUCCUAAAGAGGCAGAACUUCUAGAUGCUGCUGCUGGCAUUCAUGUACGAUUCAGAUUAGGUGGAAUUAAAUUUCCACCUGAUAUAUACUAUAAAAUUUUUACUCACAGACAUAUUGAAGAUUUGUGUGCUAACAGCCCUAGAGAUUACACAAAUCUUCCAGCAAACCAUACAUCGAAUAAUAAAAAUGAUCAUUUUCAAGAAGAGGAUCAUAGUGGCUGGUAUCGUCGUAUAGAAAACAAUGGCUGGAGGCCUGUUUCUGAUAGAUUUUGGAUACCAGAUGAAAAAGAAGUGAUGGAAGGCAAAAAGAAAAGCGAGUUUCACUUUUCUAAACUGAAGAGAAGGCAAGAUUUGGAAAAGAAAAGAAAAAUUCGAAAAAUAGAAUGGAUGAGGCAUAUGUACUACACAGGGAGCCUCAUGGCUAGGGCUACUCAUUAUGGCACUGUAAGCUUAAUUCAAACAGCAACAAAAGGUCUAAUGAAAAGUAUUGAAGAUGGUGGGAUAGAUUCUGUGAUGGAAUGGGAAGUAGAUGAAGUACUGAAGUGGACCAAUACACUCAACUUUGAUGAGUAUAUUGCAAACUGGAAGGAAAUUGCAACAAGCAACUCUUCAGUUAACUAUAAAGGUUUCAGGUUUGAGCAAGAACAGAAAGAUACACGCAACGCUGAAGAUAGAUCAGAGGUGCACAUGGAAGCACCAUAUGAUUAUUUAUAUGGCAAUAUUUAUGAAAACCCAAAUUUUACUAGAGUAACACCUGAUUCCACUUAUGAAAUGUAA